AUGAGGCUGCUGUGCAUCGGGCUGGUCGCCCUUGCCUUGGCUGUUGGCGCAAAGGACGCCUCGGCGGAAAAGACGGUCACUGACAAGGUGACGGAAGCCCCUGCAACCACUACAGUAAUCCCGGAAGCUACAGAGGGAACUACGGCGGAAACCGCGAAAUCGACGGAAACGCCAGUAGUGGAUGGAGGAGAAGCCGAGGCCACCACAGCUGACAACUCUAAAGGAGAUGAGAAGGCGCUGAAGAAGCUGUCGCGAGCCAAGCGACAGUGCUGUUUUGCCGCCCAGAAUAACUGCUGCGCCCCGCAGAGCAAUCAGUGCAAUUGUCAGGCGCUGCAAAUUCAGGUGCAACAAUGCGACUGCGCGAAUAUGCUGCAACAGCAAUGCGGCUGCCAGGUCCAGUCUUCCGGCUGCAACUGCCCGGCCCUUCAGGCUCAAUAUUCGAGCUGCGGCUGUGGAGCGCUUACCUAUCAGGUCUCCUGCUCGCAAUGCCAGUCCCAGCCGACGUGUGCCCCUCAAUGUAUGCCGGCCUGCGCCCCCAGCUGUACACAGCAGCAGCAACCGAUCAUCAUCGUCCAGGCCCCACAACAGCAAUGUGCCCAGCAAUGCAUGCCCGCCUGCCAACCGCAAUGCGUUCAACAGUCAUGCGCACCCGCUUGCCAGCCAAUGUGUGCCCCAUCAUGUGUCAACCAGCAGCAGCAACAAAUUAUCAUCGUCCAGGCCCCACAACAGCAAUGUGCCCAGCAAUGCAUGCCCGCCUGCCAGCCGCAAUGUGUCCAACAGGCUUGCGCCCCGGCGUGCCAGCCAAUGUGCCAGCCGACGUGCGUGAACCAGCAGCAGCAACAGGUCAUCAUCGUCCAGCAACAACCGCAGCAGCAGCAGUGUGCCCCGUCCUGCAUGCCCGCCUGUCUGCCCCAGUGCACCAGCGGCUGCAACUCGAACAACUGCAACAACAACAACGACCAGCAGAUUAUCAUCGUUCAGCAACAACCCCAGCAGCAACAAUGUGCCCAGCAAUGCAUGCCCGCCUGCCAGCCGCAAUGCGUUCAACAGGCCUGUGCCCCGGCUUGUCAGCCAAUGUGCGACAACUCGUGCGUCUCCCAGCAACAGGCACAGAUCGUUGUUGUUCAGCAACCGGCUCAGCAGCAGCAAUGCGUUCAGUCUUGUAUGCCCUCGUGCUCCUCCAGCUGCGUCUCCCAGGCUUGCGCCCCGGCCUGCCAGCCAAUGUGUGACAACUCGUGCGUCUCGCAGCAACAGGCGCAGAUCGUCGUCGUCCAGCAACAACCGUCCUCGUCAUCUUGCCCCUCUUCAUGCCAGCCCCAAUGCACACAGCAAUGCGUCCAGCAGCAACAAAUCUGCGUGGCCGCCUGCGAGCCGUCUUGCCAAUCGUCGUGCAACCAGAAUGCCCAGUGCGUUCAGGCUUGUCUGCCAUCGUGCGAGUCGUCGUGUGUUCAGCAGUCUCAGCCCGUUGUCGUUGUGCAGCAGAAUCAGAAUAACUGCCCGUCCGCCUGCCAGCCACAGUGCACCAGCCAAUGCCAACAACAGUACACAAUUUGCUCUUCCGCCUGCCAGCCAUCUUGCCAAUCGUCGUGCGGUGGAAAUAGCCAAUGUGUCCAGGCCUGUGUCCCAUCUUGCGAGAAUUCCUGCGUCCAGCAGCAGCAGCCACAGGUGAUCGUCGUGCAACAACAGCAGCAGCAGCAGCAACAGUGCGUGCCCGCCUGCCAGCCCCAGUGUACGCCCCAGUGCAAUCAACAGCAGCAAAUCUGCGUGCAAGCCUGCCAGCCGUCUUGCCAGUCGUCGUGCGGGAGCAACACGCAAUGUACACAGACUUGCCAGGCCUCUUGCGCCCAAUCGUGCGCCACGCAACAAGUUGUCGUCGUUCAGCAACAACCCCAGUGCGGCCAAUCCUGCCAGCCGCAACAAGUGAUGCAAUGCGUGCCGCAGUGCCAGCCAGCCUGCCAACCAUCUUGCGUUAAUCAGCAACAGGUGUACGCCCAGCCGGCGGCGAUCCAGCUGUGCAGCGGCGGCGGAGGGGGCGGCUGCAGCUGCCAGCCGGGAUACGCGCAGUGUAUGCAGGGAGUGUGCUGCUUGCGGAAACGCCAUCGUCUCGCCAAGCAGAAGCUCGUCGUC